AUGCCGGAAUAUACAGCUCCAUUGAUAGCUAAGCCGGCGGAUGACGCUGUUGACGGUAGUGAUUGUGGAGACAAUAAUGGUUGUUGGCUAAAGGUGAUGGAUUGGGAAGAGGCUAAGAAUCAGAUAUUAUAUUCUAUCCCAAUGAUAGUAACAAAUGUUGCUUACUAUUGCAUACCAUUAGUAUCUGCGAUGUUUGCGGGCCACCUAGGCGAAGUUGAGCUCGCCGCGGCUAACCUAGCCAACUCUUGGGCCACAGUCACUGGAUUCUCCGUCAUGAUUGGACUAAGUGGUGCACUGGAAACGUUAUGUGGGCAAGGAUUUGGAGCAAAACUAUACAGAAUGUUAGGAAUAUAUUUACAAGCAUCUUGUUUGAUUUCCAUUUUCUUCUCCAUCCUCAUCUCAAUUCUUUGGCUUUUCACCGAACCUAUCCUACUUAUUCUUCAACAAGAUCCCCAAGUCUCUAAAAUGGCUGCGCUCUACAUCAAGUAUCUUAUACCUGGUCUAUUCGCCUAUGGGCUUUUAAAUAACGUGUUGAGAUUUCUCCAAACACAAUCCACUGUAUCACCUUUAGUACUGUGUUCACUUGUCCCGUUAAUCCUCCAUAUCAGCAUUACUUAUCUACUUGUACGUUCGACUUCUUUAGCAUUCAUUGGGGCUCCUUUGGCCGUUUCAAUAUCUUUAUGGAUUUCAGUACUUAUAUUGGCGGGCUACGUGCUAUUUACCCAACAGUUUAAGGAAACAUGGCAGGGUUUUUCAUUGGAGUCUUUCGAUCACAUUUUUGUCAGUUCAAAGCUUGCUCUUCCCUCGGCUGCAAUGGUUUGCUUAGAAUAUUGGGCUUUUGAGUUACUUGUUUUACUAGCAGGAACUUUUCCAAAUUCAGAGAUAAUGACUUCCUUGAUUGCAAUGUGUGAAAAUACAGAAACAAUCGCCUACAUGUUUACCUAUGGGAUCAGUGCGGCUGCAAGCACACGUGUGUCAACUGAGCUAGGAGCUAAGAAUAUCAAUAGAGCUAAGAAAGCAAUGGGAGAGUCUCUAAAGCUCUCCAUCAUCCUUGCUCUUGCUGUUGUUUUAGCUCUUGGAUUUGGUCACCAUAUUUGGGCCGGCUUUUUCAGCAACAGUCAAGUGAUCAUAAAUGAAUAUGCUUCCAUGACACCCCUCUUGGUGAUCUCGAUCAUCGUUGAUUCUGUCCAAGGAGUCUUAUCAGGGGUGGCAAGGGGUUGCGGUUGGCAACAUCUGGCUAUGUACAUUAAUUUGGCAAUGUUUUAUCUUAUUGGCAUGCCGGUUGCGGUUGCCCUUGCUUUUCUAGUGAAACUAUAUGCAAAGGGGUUAUGGAUUGGGUUAAUUUGUGGACUCUCGUGCCAAACUGGUGGCCUUCUACUACUUGUAUAUCUUAACAAGUGGGCUCAAGUGGAACUUAAAUGA